CCGCUCCCGGCCCCGGCCCGGCCCCGCUCCGCGCUCGCCGCCGCCGCCGCCCGGCCCCAGCCCCAGCCCCGGCCGCCGGGGCCCGGCCCAGCUCCGCGGGGCCAUGGCCGAGUGGGCGCCCGCCCAGGUGCAGGAGUGGAACAUGGAGGCCCCUCACCUGAUGCCGCUGCAGCCGCCGCUGCUGCCGGAGCGGGCGCACGUGCGGGAGGCGCAGCUGCACUCGGCAGAGGCCUCGCUCUGGACCGUGGUGGCCACCGUGCAGGCCAUGGAGAGGAAGAUCGACCUCCUGGCCACCCGCCUGCUCAGCCUGGAGGGCCGCUCGGGCACGGCCGAGAAGAAGCUGCUGGACUGCGAGAAGACGGCCAUGGAGUUCGGGAACCAGCUGGAGAGCAAGUGGGCCGUGCUGGGCACCCUCAUCCAGGAGUACGGGCUGCUCCAGCGGCGCCUGGAGAACGUGGAGAACCUGCUGAAGAACAGGAACUUCUGGGUGCUGCGGCUGCCCCCCGGCCCCCGGGGCGAGGUGCCCAAGGUGCCGGUGACAUUUGUUGACAUCGCCGUCUACUUCUCAGCGGAGGAGUGGAAGAACCUGGAGGAGUGGCAGAAAGAGCUGUACAACAACCUGGUGAAGGAGAACUAUGAGGCUUUGCUGUCCCUGGAUGGGGCCCUCUCCAGAAGCGAGGCCCAGCCCCGCAGCGAGCGCGGGGACGGGCCCUGUGUCCCCGAGCAGCGGGAGCUGGAGCAGAGGGAGCUGCCACCGGACACCUGCGCGGAGUCGCUGAUCUCCACCUCCGACAUCCUGUCCCGGAUCAAGCAGGAGGUGGCCUUCGUGGGGGAGCAGCAGUUCCCGGAGGAGCGGGGGAUGCCGCCGGACCCCUGUGCAGGCGCGGACGCCCUGAUCACCGCGCACGACUUCUUGUCGUGGAUCAAGCAGGAGGAAGAGCCCUGUGUCCGGGAGCCCUGGGAGCUGCCCGAGAGGGAGAUGCUGCCCCCGGGGCCUGGUCCUGCCAGCGAGGGGCUGCUGGUGAAGACGGAGGAGCGGUGCCCGCACGCCGAGCCCCCCGAGGAGGUGGGUUUGCCGGGCAGCUCCGGGGAGCUGCUCUUCCCCGGCACGGCCUUCGGGACCCCCGAGGGACAGGCGGCGGUGCCGGCCGCCGUGGCUCUGCCGGCGCAGCACAGACUGGGCAAAGCUCCGGGCCCCGAGGCGGGCCCGGGGGCCGAUGCCGGGGCCGUCCCCGCGGCGCCGCCGGGCCCCGCCGAGGAGCGGCCGCACGGCUGCGCCGAGUGCGGGAAGAGCUUCAGCGGCAAGAAGAGCCUGCGGAUCCACCAGCGCAGCCACGCGGCCGAGCGGCCCUACCCGUGCGCCGAGUGCGGCAAGAGCUUCAAUUGCCACUCGGGGCUGGUGCGGCACCAGAUGAUCCACCGCGGAGAGCGGCCCUACAAGUGCUCCGAGUGCGGCAAGUGCUACAGCCGCAAGGAACACCUGCAGAACCACCAGCGCCUGCACACCGGGGAGCGCCCCUUCGCCUGCGCCCAGUGCGGCAAGAGCUUCAUCCGCAAGCAGAACCUGCUCAAGCACCAGCGCAUCCACACCGGGGAGCGCCCGUACCAGUGCCCCGCCUGCGGCCGCAGCUUCCGCUACAAGGAAUCGCUCAAGGAUCACCAGCGGGUGCACGGCGCCGAGGCGGGGCCGCCGCCGCUGCCGCCGCCCGGGAUCCUGCCCCCCGGGGGUAGUAAAUCCUACUGGACCGGCGCCGUCGGGCCAGGCCGCGCUGUCACGCGUGUCCCCCGCGGGCACGGCGGCGUCACCUCGGGGCCCUCCCGUGCCUCAGACCCGCGGGGCCCCGCCCGGAGCGCUCCGAGCCCGCCGGGGCAGCGCCGGCCGCCCGCGCCCUCCGUCCGUCCGUCCGUCCGUCCGUCCGUCCGUCCCUUCCCGCGGGGAUCCGUCCGGGUGCCGCCCGCGUCACCGCACGCCGUCCCCCGGGGCGGCCGCGGGCACUCGGUGUCCGUGGCGGAGCGGCUCCCGCCCGUCCCUAGCUGCGGCGCUCCCGGCCGGCGGCGGCUCGGGGAAGCCGGGCUCGGCUUUGGGCUGCUCGAGGAGCGGGCUGGGGUCGCGGCGGGGCUCGGGGGGCGGCGGGGCCGGGCUCUGGCGGGCGGCGGCGCGCUCCUGGCGCAGGUAGCGCAGCUCGUCGCGGAUGUCCGUGAGGACGCCGAGCAGGCGGAACUGCAGCUCCCGGUCGCGGGCCCGCUCCUCGCGCUGGGUGGCCCGUUCCUCCUGCCACAUGGCCAGCUCCUGGUGCUCUCGCGGCGGUCCUCGCGCAGGCGGGAGCAGCCCAGCCCGCGGGCGGGGCCGGCGGCGGCCGGGCCGUCUCCGGGCGGGGAGGCCGAGGAGGGCAGCGACUCCUCGGUCAGGGCGCCGUGCAGCGGGGAGCGCGCCGGGGGCUCCUCCUCGGCCGGAGCCUUCUCCCAGGUGGGCCCCAUCAGUACCCUGGGCAAGGCGCCCAUCUCCGGGCCCGGGCCGCCCGCCUGCUCCUCGGGAUGCGCCGAGUCGAGCCCGCGGCCCAGGGCGGGCAGGUCGGACGCGCCCUCGUGCCCCCAGGAAGUGACGGAGCCCUGCGAGCUGCACCGGCGGAUCAGCAUGGCCUGGCGGGACAGCUUCAUGUCCUCCUCCGCGGACAUGGGGGCCUCGGGCCCCGGCUGCACCCCCGCGGCCCCGCCGUGGCCCCUCUCCACCUCCCGGCCUUCCCGCUCCUCCUCCUCCGACAUGGAGGCUGGAUCUCCAUCCAAACCCCACUCCCAGCAGAUCUCCAUGCAGACCCAGUGGAUCUCCACCCAGACCCCACUCCCAGCAGAUCUCCAUGCAGACCCAGUGGAUCUCCACCACCAGGACCCCCACUCCCAGCGGAUCUCCAUGCAGACCCAGCCCGUGUCCAUCCCGCCCUGCUCCCAGCCCCCCAGCCCCCCGUGCUGCUCCCGCCGUACCGGGGCCGCCCUGCCCCUCUCCCCGGUACUCGCAGCCGCCGGCGGGGUCGGGGCUCUGUCCCGGCAGGCGCGGCGCGGCCGAGCCCUCCACGUCGGGCAGGGCCGAGGGCUGCCCGUUGGUGUCGAUGUAGAUGCUGGGGUGGCUCACGCCGGGCUGCAGGUGCAUGAAGGGCUGCUUGGAGGCGCCGGGGAAGAACAGAUCUGCGGGACACAGAGGAUGCGGCCUCAGCUGGCGGGGACACGGCGGCCCCAGAGCCACCACCACCCACCUGGGUCCAGGAUGAUCUCGGGCUCCGAGUCGUGGCUGGCCUGCAGGAAGGUGGAAGCCACCAUCUUCUCGAGGGGCGUGAGGCGCGGCUUGUGCAGCGGCCCGCCGGCGCGGUUCAUGGGCAGGGCCUCGGACCCGUACAGGGCGCUGAAAUGCCGGACCACAUUCCAGACCAGCGUCUCGGUCUCGUCAUUGGAGAAGUUGGCCUUCCUCUUCCGGCCAGACGCUGGCAUCGCCUGCGAGGCUGCGGCAGAGGUGGAAGGGGCACAAUUGAACCUCGGUCCCCACUCCUCUCUCUCGGCUCCUGGGGGCAACAUGGGGCUGCGGGAGCCCGAGGGAGCCGCGGAGGAGGGAGCCGAAGCAAGAGCCCCGGAGGCAUCCAUGGCAGGGGAGGCUUGGGCCGGGGAGGAUCUAAAGAGCCGCUUCGGCACAGCACGCGGCACGGGCGCACCGCAUCGCCUCGCCCGGCUCGAGGGCACCUGGGAGGGGAGAAAAGGAAAGGGCAGCGGUGGCUGGUGGCAGCGCGGGGGGACGGCGAGGGCCCCCCGGCUCUCUCCAGCCAGAGGCACCCGGGAGAGCCCCCAGGGUGCCGUGGAUGGGGACGUGGCCGUGCUGAGCGUCAGCACCACGGCUCCCAUCGCGCCCUGGAGCCGCAGGAACCCCCCGGAGCAGCGCAGCGGCCUCGAGCAGAGCCCGCGGUGCCCCCGCCGUGCCCCGAGCCCCCUCCCCAUCCCGGGGCCCCCGGCAGCGCCCGCACCCGCGGCCUCGGGGCGCCCUUUGCCGGGCCCGGGGGGCCGCUCGCUGCCCUGCCCCGGCUUUGUUCGCGCUCCUCUCGCCGGGGACAAAGCGGCCGGGCCGGGGCCUGCCCCGCGGACCCCCCCCCAUUCGGGAUCCCACCGCGGGCGGGUGCGCGGGGCAGGCACCGGCCCCGGCCCCGCGGCUCCCCCCGGCCCGCCGGCCCCCCCGGCCCCGGGACAGCGCUUACCUGCGCCGGGACGGGCGUGCGGGGCGCGGGGGGCGCGGAGCGGGGCCCCGGCGGCGGCGGGAGGGGGGGCUCAGGUCCGGCGGCGGCUCGUAGAAGGCCUGGAAGAGGUCCGGCGAGGUGGCCUGGCACUCCAGGUACCGCCGCAGCGUGGCCAGGCUCCUCCAGACCUCCCGUUCCGAGGGGCAGGGCGGCACGGCCGCCAGCUCGCCCGCGUCCUCGCCCUCCGCCGUGCCCUCGUCCCCGUCCGCCUCCGCCGCGUCCCCGUCGCGCUCCGGCCGCUCCCGGCCGAGCAAACCGGGGGCCGAGCUCAGGGACACGGCCUCGGUGCCGGCGUCGGGGGUGAAGCCGGCGGCGCGGAAGCAGCCGGCGAUGAGCCCCGGGUGAACGUCGCCCCAGGCUUGCGCCAGCAUGUGCAGCACGUCCAGCAGGCUGGGCUGGGCCGCGCCGCGCUCCGCCGGCAGCCACCGCAGCAAACGGCGCCGGUAGUGGCCCUUGAGGUCGCCGGCGAUGCCGCGGUCCAGGGGCUGGGCCAGGGCGGCGGCCGGCGGGAUGAAAACCAUCCGGACGUUGGACAGCUGGAGGUAGGGGUGCGCCUCGUGCUUGGCCAGCAGGAGCAGGACGCUCUUGCCCCGCCGCCGCAUGCCCUCGUUGAACUCCCGCAGCCACUCGGCGAAGAGCGGCGCGCUCAGCCCGGCCGGGCCGCCGGCGCGGUAGCUCCACGGCAUCUGCUCCAGGUUGACGCCCCGCAGGCAGCGCGGCCGGGGGCUGUCCCCCACCGCCCGCAGCGGCAGCUUCUCCGAGCCGCUGGCGUUGGCGCACAGCAGCAGCGUCAGCCGCUCGCCGGGGCUCUCGCCGUUACCGGGGGCGCCGGCCGGCAGCGGCACCGCGGUCUCCCCGCAGGCGAAGAUCUCGGCGGGCGCGUAGCUGCGGAGGAGCCCGGGCAGCACCGUGCCGGCCCAGUGCUCCGCCGUGGGCUGCUCCGCGUCCCCUUUCUCCGCCGGCGGCUUCUUGCCGUGGCGAGCGCCCAGGCGAGCCAGCCAGCCGCCGCUGGGCUCGGGCUCGGGCCGGGCCGGGUGCCGGGCCCGGAGCUGCAGCAGCGGGCGGCCCACGGGCAGCUCGGCAGCGUGGGCACCCUGCACCCAGCGCAGCAGCGCGGCCUCCAGCGCCGCGUCCUUCCCCUCCCGCUUGCGCUUGCGCUCGGGGUCGCCGUUGCGAUCUGGGGCUGCGACACCCCGAAGCGCUUGGCCAGCUCGCUCUGCGACACCUUGGGGCCCUCCAGCAUCUCCAGCACGCGCACCUUCUCGGUCAGCGACAGCUCCUUCCGCUCCUUCCGCGGCGCCGCCGCCGUGGCUCCCUCCGCCGUGCCCGGGGAGCGCCCGCCCCGCCGGUUCGGCGAGGCCUGUCCCGCAGCGGCCGCAGGCGUAGCCGAGCUCCGCGCCGCGCCCCAGCCGGUGCCGCACCAGGUCCGGUUUGUGCCCGAUGCCUCCUCGGCCGCACUCGGCACAAUCCAGCGGCGGCUCCCCGGGCCGGCAGCGGCGGCUCUCGAAGGCGGGCGGUGCGGCGAUGAACCCCCCGUUACCGGCACCGGGGUUCGCCUCCGGCUCGAGGACGCCGCAGUAGCUGCAGCCCCGUUCCCGCAGCGGGACGAGGAAGUCGGCGGGGCCGGCGUGGAGGGACGGGGGCGAGCGGGGCGGCCACGACCGGCAGUGCCGGGAGCGGAGCCGGGAUGGCCCCGGUGCCUCACCCAGGUCGACGGGAUGCUGGCGGUCCUCCUUCAUGGCACCGGCACCGUCCCGGUCGUCGGGAAACGCGGCGGCAGCUGCUCCCGCCGAGGCCUCAGCAGCGCGAGGGAUGGCGCCGCCGCCGCCGCCGCCCGGCCCCGCCGCCGCCCGCCCGCGCCGCCGCCCCGCACCGCCCGCGCCGCCCCCCGCGCCAUGGCCGACUGGGCCCCCGCUGAGGAGCUGGAGUGCAUGAUGGAGCCCCAGGAGCUGGGCCUGGAGCAGCCGCUGGCCGCCCCCGAGCACGGCCCCGGCGGCGAGGCCGAGCUGCCGGCCGCAGAGAUCUCCCUGACGCUGGUCACCGAGAUCCAGGCCGUGGACAGGAAGGUGGACACCCAGGCCGCGCAGCUGAUGAACCUGGAGGGCAGGAUGAGGAUGGCCGAGACGAAGCUGAUCGGCUGCGAGAAAACGGCGGUGGAGUUCGGGAACCAGCUGGAGAGCAAGUGGACGGCGCUGGGCACUCUCAUCCAGGAGUACGGGCAGCUGCAGAAGCGGCUGGAGAACAUGGAGAACCUGCUGAAGAACAGGAAUUUCUGGAUCCUGCGGCUGCCCCCGGGGGCAAAAGGGGAAGUCCCCAAGGUCCCCGUGGCCUUCAACGACGCCUCGUUUAACUUCUCUGAGGAGGAGUGGAAGAGCCUCAACGAGUGGCAGAAGGAGCUCUACAGGCACAUCAUGAAAGGCAACUACGAGGCCGUCAUCUCCAUGGACGCUGCCAUUUCCAAGCCUGACCUGCUGACACGGAUUGAGCAGGGAGAGGAUCCCAACGCGGAGGAUCAGGAGGACUCUGAGGGAGGAGAGACCCCCACAGACCCCACCACCGAGUUUUUCUUCCCUGGGCCCGAUGACAGCUCGUGGGGUAAAUAUGAAGAGACUCUGGCUGAAAGCCACGAAGGCUCUGAGGAAGAGGAGAGCAUGGAGGUCCCUGGUACAUACGAACAGCCGUGCGAUGAGGAAGGCUCCGAGCGCCUGGAGCUUUCCAGGUCGUUGACAGGAAAGUGGGAAGAGGAGGAGGAGAUGCAGUCGAGCAGCAAGAGCCAGAGCGGGUCGGCCCCGCCGCAGCGAACGGCGACGGGCAACGGGCUGAGGCGCUCGGUGCGCCGCGGGAGAGACUUGGCCAGGAAGGAUCCCGAGGAGGCGGCGGCCGACAAGGGGCCCUACAUCUGCUGCGAGUGCGGCCAGAGCUUCCUGGACAAGCAGCUCUUCGCCACCCACCAGAAGGCGCACGCCAGCGAGGAGGCCUGCACGUCCCUGGAGCGCGGCGAGAGCUUCCGGCAGAAAUCCAAAGCCAAGGGCCAGGGCCCCUCCCGCUCCAAAGCCUCCAAGCGCCCCGACGGGGAGAAGAGCUCGGGCUUCAAGUACGGCUUCGUCAGGCACCAGGUGAACAACAUGGUGGAGAGGCCCUACACCUGCUCCCAGUGCAAGGAGAGCUUCAGCCUGGAAGUGAGUCUGAUCCUGCACCAGAAGCUGCACACGGGGAAGGGCGACGGGCCGCUGACGUGCACCUACUGCGGGAAGGACUUCCGAGACCUCUCCAAGGCCAUCCGCCACCAGCGCAUCCACACCGGGGAGAGGCCCUACCAGUGCACCGAGUGCGGCAAGAGCUUCAUCCGGCGGGACCACCUGCUCAAGCACUGGCGGGUGCACACCGGGGAGACCCCCUACCAGUGCCCCGUCUGCGGGAAGCACUUCCGCUACAAAGAGUCCCUGAAUUGCCACCAGAAAAUCCACUCGCGCAACCCGCGGCCCGGCGAGGAUUCCCAGCACAACCUGGGCUCGGCGGGCACCCAAACCGACCAUUUCUGCGUGAAAAAAGAGACUAAGCACCCAGCUCCUCGGGCAAUCCCGAGUGCCGCCAACGGCCCCAGCCCCGUCAGUUCUCCAAUCCCUUGGUCCCCGCAGUCCCCCCGGUCCCCAUUAUCGCCCACGGUCCCACAAUCCCCCCUCGGUCCCCGCGGUUCCCGGUGCGGGCGGUGCCGUGGGGGGGCCCCGACGGGGCGGGGCGCUGAUGCCGUCGGGCCGCCAGGGGGCGCUGUGCGGCGCGCGCCCGCCCCGCUCCGCCCCGCUCCGAGCGCGGUCCGGCGGCGGCAGCGCCCCCUGGCGGCGCGGCGGGGCAGCGGCGCGGCCGGAGCGCCGGACCCGGACCCGGACCCGGAGCCGCGCUCGGUGUCGGAGCCGCCGCCGCCCCCGCCCCGCCGCCUCCGCCCGCUAGGCCCGCGCCGCCUCCGCCCCGCCCCCGCCGCGCCGCGCCCCCGCCCCGCCGCGCCGCCCCGCGCCCAGCCCGAUGCCCGGCGGCGGGCGGAGGUAAAGGGCGCCCGCCCGGCGCGGGGCCGGGCCCGGCGCGCACCGCCCGCCCGCGGCUCGCGGGCCGCACGUCGGGGCUCACGGGCCGCGCCGUCGGGGCCGCGGCGGGCGGGGGGGGCGGCGGGCGGCGGGCGCUGUCAGCGCGCGGGGCCGCGGCCGCCCCCCCGGGGCGACGGGCGGGGACGGGACGGGCGGCCCCGGGGGGGCGGCGGCGCCGCGCCGAACCCGCCCGGGCCUCCGCGGCCGGCGGCGCCCGCGCUGCCGUCGAGGCCGGGCCUGCUCGGCCGCCGCGCCGCCGCCCCCCCCGCCGCCGGGCCCUGCGGCCCCCCGGGACCGACCCGCCGCCGCCCCCGCCUCCCGUGUCACCGCCCGGUCCCCAUGGCGACGGGGCGCCCGCAGCCCCCCGGGUGUCCCCUCGCCGUGCCCAUGCGGGGACACGGGGACGUCCCCGCCGCCCCGGCGAGCGCCGGGCCCUGCCGCGGCCCCCCCGCGGGGUGCGCAUGGCCCCGGGGAUGUCCCCGUCGGCCCGGGGGGCCCUGUCACACCGGGGAAGGGCGGGUCUCUAUCACCCCGGGAGGGUCCCUGUCCCCCUGGGGGCAUCCCCGGCCUGACCCCGCGCCCUUGUGUCCGCAGGCGCCGGAGCCGGCGCGGCCGCCGCGCUGCCCCUCGCCCCUCCGGCCGGCGGCCGGCCCCGAGCGCACCUCGGAGCGGGAGACGCAGACGGCUGAGCUGUCCCUGACCGUGGUGGCGGCCGUGCAGGCGGUGGAGCGCAAGGUGGAUUCCCACUCCACCCGCCUGCUGGACCUGGAGGGUCGGACGGGGAUGGCGGAGAAGAAGCUGAUCGACUGCGAGAAGACGGCGGCGGAGCUGGGGAACCAGCUGGAGAGCAAGUGUGCGGCACUGGGCACCCUCAUCCAGGAGUACGGGCUGCUCCAGCGGCGCCUGGAGAACAUGGAGAACCUCCUGAAGAACAGGAACUUCUGGAUUCUGCGGCUGCCCCCGGGCAGGAAGGGGGAAGUCCCCAAGGUGCCGGUGACCUUCGAUGACGUGUCCGUCUAUUUCAAUGACAAGGAAUGGGAGAAGCUGGAGGAGUGGCAGAAGGAGCUCUACAAGAAUGUGAUGAAGGGGAACUACGAGUCUCUGAUCUCCCUGGACUAUGCAAUUUCCAAACCUGGUGUUUUGUCUCAGAUCGAGCAAGGGGAGGAAUCUCGGGGCAGGAAUGAGCAGGACCUGGAGGAGAGUGAGAUCAUUACUGAUGCCACAGCAGCUGGAAUAAGGGUGGUGAUCAAAACAGAGGAGCUCCUUCCUGAAGACAGCCCCGAGAACCCCGAGCUGCACGGGAUGUCGGGGCAGUCCGAGGGCAGCUUCCAGAGCCCCGACGAGGAGGCGGCCUGUGAGAGCCCCUACGGCUCCGUGUCCCCCCCGAGGGACCUCCCGGGCACCAGCCUGGGCGACUCCUCCGAGUACGGAGCCGACUUCAGCGAGAUCCAGAGGGUCAUCGUGCACCACGGGGGCUGCACAGAGGAUGGGAUCGUGAUCAAGACAGAAGAGGAGGAGGAAGAGGAGGAGGAGGAUGACCCUGACACGCUGGAGCCGUGCCCCAUGUUCUCGGGCCGGAGCGAGGCGCCGGCGUUCCCCAGCCACGAGGCCGGGCUGGGCUGCGAGGCGCAGUGCAGCUCCAAGGCGCAGCCCCGCAGCCUGGCCCGCGUCAGGAAGCCGUCGGCCUGCGAGAGGGACUCCGGGGACAUGAAGCCGGCCAGCGGGCAGCAGCGGAACCGGACGCGGGAGAGACCCUACAUCUGCCCCGAGUGCGGCAAGAGCUUCAUGCUCAAGAUCAACUUCAUGAUCCACCAGCGCAACCACCUCAAGGAAGGGCCCUACGAGUGCCACGAGUGCGACCUCAGCUUCCGCAACAAGCAGCAGUUCCUGCUGCACCAGCGCAGCCACACGCGCCGCGGCGUGGGGGUCCCGCGGCGCCCCGAGCACGGCCUCAAGCCCCCAUCGCGGCCCCCGCCCCCGGGGAAGCCCUACAAGUGCUCCGAGUGCGAGAGCAGCUUCAGCCACAAGUCGAGCCUCAGCAAGCACCAGAUCACCCACGUCGGGGAGCGGCCCUUCACCUGCGGCGAGUGCCGGAGGAGCUUCCGCCUGCAGAUCAGCCUGCUCAUGCACCAGAGGAUCCACGCGGGCAAGAACGAGAUGGCCUUCCUGUGCCCCCAGUGCGGCAAGAACUUCACCCGGCCCUCCCACCUGCUGCGGCACCAGCGGACUCACACCGGCGAGCGGCCCUACCAGUGCAGCCAGUGCGAGAAGACCUUCAGUGAGAAGUCCAAGCUCACCAACCAUUACCGCAUCCACACGCGGGAGCGCCCGCACGCCUGCGCCGUCUGCGGGAAGGGCUUCAUCCGCAAGCACCACCUCCUGGAGCACCAGCGCAUCCACACGGGCGAGCGGCCCUACCACUGCACCGAGUGCGGCAAGAACUUCACGCAGAAGCAUCACCUCCUGGAGCACCAGCGGGCGCACACCGGCGAGCGGCCCUACCCCUGCACCGAGUGCACCAAGUGCUUCCGCUACAAGCAGUCGCUCAAGUACCACCUGAGGACGCACAUGGGAGAGUGAGGGGCUGCCGAGGCUUCCUCUCCUUCCCUCCCUCCAUCCCUCCCUUCCUCCUCGUCCUCCUUCUCCUCCACUGAUCUCUCCCACCCUCCCUCCAUCCAUCUCCCCCCACCCCGGCUCAGGGCAUGGACAUCAAGGAAGCUUUGUGUGGUAGCGCCGCUGGUCUGGUGGAGACUCGGCUGAUUGGAAAUAAAUUAAUGAAUUAAAGCAAGCAACGCGCGGCAAAAUUAAAAGAUUAUAUAUAUUAAAAAAAUUAACAGAAGCAGCUGAUUUAGGGGGAAUCCUCACCAACAAGCAAACAAACCACCAACAAAAGAAACCUGUACACAGGGUGUUUUGCCAGAGUAGGACUCGUAACUGCUUUUUAAAUCUACUGUUUGGUUUUUUUUAAUAAAUGUGGAGGAACUUUUUAUUUGAUAAGCAACCUAAGGAUGGGCAAGAUUUUAUUUUCGGGUUUGUUUUCUGUUUGUUCGGUUUGGUUUGUUUUUUUUUUUGUUAACUGCUCUGUAGGCUGAUUCUGGCACAGUCACUUUUUGUCCAGGAGCUCUGUGGAGGCGCUGCUCCGGUCCGGGCUGGAUAUGACAGGAGGAGCUCCAGCCGGGGGGGAGGUGAGUAAUUAACAGAUGCAGCUGAUGAGGAAGUUCUGCGUGUGUCUAGAUUGGAAGCACUGAUAGGUGCCUGCCCGGCUCGCGGGGCUGUGAUGCACUCCUGAAUUAUACAAUAGAAUAAAAUUCUAGUUGCAGUAAAAGA